AUGAGCCAGGUCAAGAACCUGCGUGCCAUGUUUGAAAGCAAAGGCGAUACCAGCCCGCCCGAUAGCAGAGGACGCUCUCCAACAGGUGGCUCACCCCAGCACCACCACCACCCAUUUGGCCGCCCACGCAAGCAGCGCCUGCUCUACCUCCACUACCAAUCGAUACCCCGCGACAAGUGCCAUUAUCUCACGAUAGCGUCGGUAGCUGGGUAUUUAUCUUCAGCUUCAGCCACCUCCGAAGCUCCCAGACCCCUCUCCAAAAUCAGAACUAGCUUUGUCGCCGUAGAAAAAGACGGCCGCGUGGGACUAAAACGCGAUCAGAGCGGCGAAUCCAGCGUCUCCCGACGACGUCUCAGCAACGACACAGAGCCCAGUCUCUACCGCUCCAGAAGCAAAAUGUCAACUCAAGACGAUUCAGUCAGAACCCCGGCUCCCGAGUCUAUCCCUGAGGCGCCGGAUGCUGCCGAGACCGCCGUCGAGCAGCCCAGCAACAUCUCCGAAGCGGCGAGCAGUUCUCCGGCCAAAGCCAAGGAAGCGGCUCCAGUCAAGCCUACCACUCCACGUCCCACCACGACAGCUUCCAAAUCAGCUUCCAAAACAGUUCCCAAAUCCGCAGCAUCCAAAACGGAACCUACGAAGCGACCCGGCAACAAGCCUGUCGCAUCAACGAGAGCCACCGGCGGCACCACUCCUAUCAAGAAGCCAGCUUCUGUCAAGACUGGCGCCAAUGGCACGGGUUUUGUCAAGCCCAAGCCAAAAUCUCCCACGAAGCCUGUCAACCUGCCAUCGUCGCUGAUGGCUCCGACAGCUGCUUCUGCCCACAAGGGCGGAGCAAGUCGACAGUCGAAUCUUCCCCAGUCCGCCAGCACACAUGCUGUUGGCGCUUCUGCUGCGUCGAAGCCCGUGAAUAGUAAGAAUUCCGUCGUGAACCGCCAGCGACCAAGCCUUGGAGUCCCCCCCAUCAACAAGGCGGCGCAAGAGUCAAUGCCGAACAAAAGACAGAGUCAUGUUGACGAGGGCUUCCUUGCGCGUAUGAUGCGUCCUACCGCAGCAUCCUCAAGCAAGACGACAGAAAAGGGUGCUCCCUCCACUCCUCCGAAGAAGCCUACGCCGCGGACUUCAAACGUUGGCGUCGAGAAUAUUAAGCGUAAAUCCAAGAGCCCAGUGCCCCGUCGUGCCGGAUCUGUUGCCCGCUCUAGGGAAGCCACAUCUCGGGCCGAAAAGGUACACGCAAAGCCUGCAGCCAAGACGGCUUCCACUGUGGCGAAGGCGGCCGCUUUACCCGCAGCUGCCGCUACUGCCGCUGGUGCUGCCGCCGUUGCCUCCAAGGCUGUCCCUGAUACGACUGUCUCCAAUCUGGCCGACAAGCUUAAAGAUCUCGAAAUUGAGGAGUCAAAGCAGGAGCCAAAAGAAGAACCAGCGUCUGAGACUGAGCUCGAAACUGAACAACGACCCGAGACCGAGGCUGAGCCUGAGGCUGGGACUGAGCCUGAAGCGGAAGAACACGUUCAGGAUGCGCCUAUUGAAGACCGGGCGCUGGAGGCUGAACCUGAAGCUGAGCACGAUAUUGCCGAGGAGCACGUCCAGAAAUAUAUUGAGGAAUGUGAAACUGUUGAAGAUACCCAACUCGAACCUGAAGAGGAGCACGAGGCAGCUCCUGUUGGUCACAUUGAGGAACCCGAGCUUAUCGCUGAUGCAGGGACACUCGUUCCGCAUAAUCCCAUCGAUGAACCCGUUGAAGAACCCCCCACGCACGAAGAACCAGCAUCUCUCGAGCAGGCCACUGUUGAAGCCGCUCAGGUCGAGACUGCUGAGGAGGCCAUUGAAGUCGCCGAGGACGCGGACCCUGAGCAUUGCAAUAGCUUCAUUGAUAUCGCUAAGCCCGUGGAGUCUGGCAUUAACAACUUCACCAUCAAAGGGGGUAUUGUUGGCAACGGCCAUGUCGACAAGGUUGACAGCGUCGCCGACAUUGAGCCCGCGUCUAGCAUUUCGAAACUUGCCGAAACCACUCCCGAGCACAGCGAAAAGGCGACCGACGAGGUCGUCGGCAAGGAUGCUGACACGGCCGCGUAG